AUGGAGCGCGGUGCCGUGGGCCUGGGCGCCCGGCUGGGCCUCACCGAGCCCGGCGUCCUCAGGAAGGCGGAGGAGCUGCUGCGGCUGGCCCAGGUGAGGCACGGGCUGGUGGCGCAGCUGACGGCCACGAGCAGCGCGGUGCUGUGCCUGGACCUGGCGGCUCGCGUCACGAAACAGCCGGCGGACAAGAGCUCUUUCGUUAAACUCUCCGGUUUGAACAAGACGAUGUACCAGAGCUCCCUGAAGUCUUUGGAGUGCUUGCUAGAGGUGAUGCCCAGACUGGGAAUGCGAGACUUGGCUGUGCAGUUCUGCUGCACAGAGGCAGUGAGCACCGCUUCAAAAAUACUACAGAGGUAUGAAUCCAGCCUCUCUGAAGCACAGCAAAUGGACCUCGAUUUCUCAAAACCACUUUUUAUAACAGCUGCACUGUUCACUGCAUGCAAGUGUUUGAAGCUAAAAGUGGACAAAACUAAAAUGUUGGCUAUGUCUGGGGUGAAAAAAGCAAUAUUUGACCGGCUGUGCAGUCAGAUGGAGAAGAUGAGCCAGCAACUCGGCAAAGAUGUUCCAGUGGCUGCAGAGACAGCUGAAAGCUUGAACACCAACCUGGAGCAGUGUCAGGAGGACGAUGGGUCUGAAGAUGAGGAGGAGGCACCAUGUAAACGGCCAAAAACUGAAACGAAGCAGGACUAUGAAGAGUGGAGAAAAAUCCUGGAAAACGCUGCUAAGGCACUGACAAGUAAGAGUAGUGUCGCCAUAGUGCCACCGAGUAAUGCCACUGCUGUUGGCUCAUAGUUGUGCCUCCUCUGCUCUACCAAGAGUUCCAGUAGCAUGAGUGCCGGCUGCCUGGUAGAACAGCUGAUUUUAUUUAUGAGCCAGUUUUUAAGUAUUUAAGAAUAUAUUGUUAGUAACAAUACCAUAAUUAAGGUGACUUUAGAAGACACCUGUCCGAUUAGUCACCAGGCUGGUACCUGAGGACAUGUGGCAUGAGGUGUAGAACAGUUCCAUUUCCCUUGCUGCAAGAAGCAGGCAACAUCCAUAAUGCUUGAAGUGUAAAUAAGUGACAUAGCCUUGUUCCCUGGCUGGAAGCAGUCAGGUAAAAAAGAGAGGGACUUACGGUGCCUUGUUAAGCUGUAAAACCAGCAAAGGGGUUAAAAAAGACUUGAUGACUUCUAUUAUUAUUAUUUUUUACUGUUGUUUGUCAUUGAAUUUUGACUUAUUUUUAUUACCUGUAUGGGACUGAAUUCUCCUGUGCUUGUAAGGGGUCCGAAACAUUCCAAGAAACAAUAAAGAUAGCAGAAGGAAAAGCUUUAUGUUAGACAUCAGUCUCUUGACUCUUGUUAUGUAUAAACCCCUUAGAACAUGUAAUAAAAGGUGUACAGCCCAGAAAACUUAUCUUGUGUCAUAUGGACACUCAGAGUUAUCCCACAUCUGAGAAUUUGGGUUUGAAACAUUGCCCCCACCUGAGCUUCUCUCCAGUACUUCAAUGGCUGGCCAGCAGCCUCCCCGCUGACCUCAGUGACGCUCGCUGCAGCUGGCACCAUGACCUGCCUUGGACUGCGGCGUGAGGCCAGCUCUGUCACACGUACUGUCCUGUUUAUCCCGUCAGCUUUGGUGUAGCCCCAGAGCGAACCGCGCAGGACAUGGGACAUCCCUUAGGGCUGCAGAGAGAUGGUAUAACUACUGACAAACUGAAAGGGAUUUCUGCCUGUUAGGAAUGAAACUGCAAUCCUGCUGGCCAGAUGCACCUCCUCUUUAUAUUAGCCAGAGAGUAAACACGUACAAGACAGCAUCCUUGUGUCAACCCUCUCACAAAAAGAGGGAGAAGCACAUAGAGACUUACUGUCCACUUCCCUCUCAGUUUCUUCCAAAGCAGAAAAGGAAAUCCCUUGAAGCCAUCUCCAUUUAUUUAGCAAGAGCUAAUUUCAUUCCAGGUGAGUUCUGAAAUGUAACAAUAAAUGUUAGGGAAUGGACUCCAAACAAAUGCCUGACUGGAUAUUUAACCCACGUGUUUGAAUAAGAGCUGUAAUGAGGUGUCUGCUGUUUAAAGUCUGAUGUACUACGCAGCAGAGAGGCCUCAGGAUGGAAGGAUCCAACCUCAGACAUUAGCAUUUGUUUUUUAAUAUGUACUCAGAGAUGGCUUUGGGAUUUGUUGGGGGUUUUAUGCCAAAAUUAAGGAACAGGCUUGUUCCACUUCAAUGGAAUUUAUUAGUAUUAACUCAGAAAUAUACAGAGCGAUUAAUAUAAUGACAGAUGUAGCAUGCAGAACCACUGUGGAAGGAAAGCGAACAAAAGUGAGCCUUCACAGAAGGUGAUAUACGGUCAAGAGUAUUUUCACUUGAUUUCAAUAAUUCUUCUCUGUCUCAGUUCUGGAAAUGCUGCCGAAGUUCCAGAAUUCGGGACUGUGCAGUGAGAAGCACUAGAGCAGAACGGAUGCCUAGACAAGGGUAAGCCUGGUCUUACAACCUCUUCAGGAGCAACCAACACUUUGGCCGAUCCAAGGGAGCUCUGCAGUGGUUUUGCUGGAAAGCUGCUUUUAGUAGUAUUGGUUCUCUUUUUGCCUAAGAGCCAUCAGCUCACACUGGGUUUUCCAGAAUCUAGAACAGGAGUGAAGGAAACUUAAUGUUAUACUUUUUAGCUGAGGCUGUGUAAGUGGCUCAAACUCUUUACACAACAGAAAAAGUAAAAUCCCACAUAAGUCAGUAGUGUGAAGAAAACAUUUCAUGUUCAAGAGCACAGUGGGAGGAAAAGAGAGGCUUCAGCACCCUGACUGGGCUCCAGGCAGUGUGGCAGCACCUUGUUCCUUGCCACUGAACAGUAAUAAAAACCCAUUUUGCCUAUCACACACUUAUCAGCUUCUCAGACUUCAUUAACAUCGUCAGAGAGGAGAAAAAAAUCCUCAAACUAAACCUUAGAAAUUAAGGAUGGCAGUCACAGCCAGUGAGAGGCACUUAAAAGUUUUAAAUGCCUAUAAAACCCUAUGUCUGGGAAUCUCUUCUUUUCUGGACAAGAUGAGAUCUUCCUGCAUAGACCCAGAGUCACUAGGGCGAUUUUUAUUUGUGGCAGUCUCACCUCUCCCCUUCCAAAAGUUUGGUCAAUUCAGCUCUAUUCAACUCUAAGAAAAGCAGCAACAGACCGACUGACUCAAGUUGUGUCAAACAAGGAUUCCUCCUAUUUCUAACUAUGCAGUGACUAUUUUCUAAAGGGGAACAAGAAUAAAAGCAACCCUAAAUGAACUAAAACCAUUCAAC